AGUUUUCUCCUGCCCGGGUGAGGAGUUUGCAAACAAGGAGGAGCAGCCCCGUCCCUUCGGUGUCAUUGGAGGAGGUUUUUUCCAAGGAGCUCAUAAAUACGGGGAGGUCGGGUGGGGAGGCUGGGACUGCGCGGGGACCCCGAGGGCAGCGCAACGCAGCGCAGCGCGGCGGGCGGAGGAGCUGCGGGGGGCGGGGGGGGCCGGGCCAUGGCCGCUUUAAUGAGCACCUACCCAUGGCCGGAGAGGUUGGAGGGGGGGGAGGCCGAGGGGCUGCAAGCGGGGCCGCCCCCAAGGUGCCCACCGGGAGAGAAGGGAGGCGAGAGUCGCAUCCGCCGCCCCAUGAACGCUUUCAUGGUGUGGGCGAAAGACGAGAGGAAAAGGUUGGCCGUGCAGAACCCCGACCUGCACAACGCGGAGCUCAGCAAGAUGCUCGGCAAAUCCUGGAAGGCUCUGAGCCUCUCACAGAAGCGACCCUAUGUGGAGGAGGCCGAGCGGCUGCGGGUCAAACACAUGCAAGAUUAUCCCAACUACAAGUACCGGCCGCGGAGGAAGAAGCAAGUCAAGAGGAUCUGCAAGCGGGUAGACCCCGGUUUUUUGCUGGGCAGCCUCGCACGGGACCAAAAUGCUGUGCCUGAGAAGCGGACCUGUGGCCGGGCCGGGGGUGAGAAAGAGGGGCCGGGUGAGUAUCCCCCUCGCCCAGGGCUGCCGCCCAUCCGGGGCUACCGGGAUCCCUCAGGCAGUGGCAGCAGCACCAGCGUGGACGCCUACCCCUAUGGGCUGCCCACCCCUCCCGAAAUGUCUCCGUUGGACGCCAUAGACCCUGAACAGAGCUUCUUCUCCUCACCCUGCCCUGAGGAACAUCACCGCUCCCACCUCGCCGGAGCUUCCUUCUCCCCGGAGUAUGCGGGCAGCUCCCUCCCAUGCAACCACCACCCUCUCAGCCCCAUGCCGCAGCCAAAUUCCUGCAUGAUCCCCCCGGCCUCCAGCUGUCCUCCCCUUCCUCCUCCUCCUCCUCCAAGCUACUACACACCCGCUUUCCCCUCUCUGCACCCCACCAGCCUCCAUGCCCACCUGGGCCAGCUGUCUCCACCGCCCGACCACCAUGGCUUUGACACCUUGGACCAGCUGAGCCAAGCUGAGCUGUUGGGGGAGAUGGACCGUAAUGAAUUUGACCAAUAUCUCAACACCCCCGGCCACAGCGACCACCAUGCUGGAGGCUUGGCCAAUGGACACGUCCCUGCGGCCUCAACAGCUGGCAGCUCCCACGCUGCAGAGACCAGCCUCAUCUCCGUCCUUGCCGACGCCACGGCCACCUACUACAACAACUACAGCGUCUCCUAGAGCCAUGGC